AUGUCAACGGCAACUUCAAUUAACAGCUCUGGCUCGGACAGGCUGGAGAACUGGACCCGACGAUCACAGCCUAAGAUCGAGAUCUAUCUUGAAGGUCAAACCGAAGGGCAUGUCAACUCUUAUACCACCGGAGAGAGUAUUGAUGGUACUAUAACCGUCACCGUUGACCAUGAGACUCGAUUUGAUGAGAUUGAGAUCGUGUUCGAAGGUAUCUCUCGAACUACGGUAGAACGGGCAUCCUGUCCCGGCCGCACUGGAUCGCAACAGAUGUUCCUUAAGUUGCGCCAGCCUAUUGAUGAAACGGAAUAUCCGACCCCUCGAGUGCUAGAGGCUGGUCGAUCAUAUGAAUACCCAUUCACAUUCGUCAUUCCGGACCGCCUGCUUCCCCAGGUCUGCUCCCACGCCAAGAAGAAUGCUCACAUUCAACGAUCCCACACUAUGCUUCCCCCCACAUUGGGAGACCCCAUCCUUGCCAGCAAUGGCAAGACACUCCUAGAUGACAUGGCACCCACCAUGUCCCAGAUUGCCUACGCAGUUCGAGCAUCUGUUCUUCAGAAACCCCUCGUCGGCCAAGGCGUGGUAGCCAUCGCCGCCGUUGGGAAGAAAAUCCGCAUCAUCCCAACCGUCGAAGAAGAACCCCCCAUUGAAAUUUCCUCAAGUCCAUCUCUCUGCACCCGCAAAGAAAAAACAGUCAAGCGCGGAACCCUCCGAGGCAAAUUGGGCCGGAUCGUGGCCUCAUCUUCUCAACCAAGACCCAUCCAAUUGCUCCCUCCAAGCGGCGAGCCAACCGACACGGUCAGCACCGUAGCAACCGUAAACCUACGCUUCGAUCCAGUCGGCGACGAACAACCACCCCCACUGGGAACAUUGACCAGCAAACUCCGCGUCAACACCUUCUUCAGCUCCGGCCCAUGGGAAGACUUCCCUUCCACAACCGGCAUGCCCUACGCCCAGAUCGGCUGCGGCCUGUACACAGAAAGCGUCCCUCUACUGACGAUGUGCGUCGCAUCCGCUCAAUGGACAAAACAAUCCACAGCAGCCGACUAUAUCCGCCGCGACUCGACCGACUCAUCAGCAUCCGAUUCAUCAGUCGGCCCGUCCGCCAUUUUCACAGGAGACACAUACUACACCGCAUCAGUAGUAGUCCCCGUCACGCUACCCGCAUCAAAGGCUUUCGUACCAACUUUCCACUCUUGUCUGAUGUCCCGCGUCUACGCCCUCGAUCUCUCAUUGACAUACCACACCCCGGCAACUAAUAUAAUGACACCGACGGUGUCUCUACGCGUCCCGGUCCAGUUCACCAGUCAACCGAAGAGCGCGGAAUUACUAAAGGCUGCGCUUGGUGUUACAGUCACACAGCAGGAACUGGAGGAGUUCUUCCAGCCGCGAAAUGUGACUUCGCCAACUGAUUUCUCGAGUAAUAAUGUCGUUGAUGUUGGACUUGCACCGCCGGAGUAUUCGGAACGAUUGAGUGCUCUCAGAGCGAGCCGUUAA